AUGUCUUCCCUUCGACCUGAUGAUAGGUCCAGAAAGGAUCGCUCCAGGUCGCGCUCCCGCGAUCGCAGGUCCAAGAGCGAUGUUGCACCUGAGCGCCCAUCUUACAGCGACUACCGCGAACCGAGCUAUAUAUACCCAGAAGAUGACUUGAAUGACCGCACAAGACCGGGAGCACCACAAGCGAGCGGCGCUCUUCCCUAUCCUGAAGAGGGUGGCAUCUAUUCUAUGCUUCCCGGAAACCAAGCACAAUACAGCUACGAUGCUUACCCGACCAAUUACCAAACCGCCUCUCCAACCAAGGACUCGCCUUACAGGUCCUCGCACGACAGGGUUGACGGCGAUCUCCCAGGAGCAUUCCCAAAUGACAGCCGUCGCGAAAAAUACAGAGAUCCAUUCGCUUAUAGUACAGAACCCGGCGCCAAGGACGAGCAGGACAAAUUCAGUUUUCUGCCCCAAAAGUACAUGCGCAAGCUCACCGGAUCUCCUGGUGAAAAAGAGAAAGACAACCGAAGCCGUAAAGAAAGGCUAGACGAUGACCUGGCCUAUGGACAGCCAGGACUUCCUCCGCGACCUAAAAACGAGACAGAUGACAUGGCUUACGGUAAGGCUGUUGGAGUUCCUUCAAUAGCCACCCAGGUCAUGACCACGUACAACCCCCCUCCAGCUUCCGAUGACGACUAUUAUUCUCAGCAGCCACCCUCAUACGGGUACUCUCAUCGCGAUCCUGCAAGUCCAUCUAUUGAUCAGUAUGGUUCGCGCAAAUCCAAGGACGAUCUCCGCUACAAUGACAAUUACGGUUCAAACGCCAAUAUCUUGACUGUUGAGCCUAGAAACCGUGAAGACGACAAACAUCGUGAACAUCGCAGAGAUAGAUCUUCCGAUCCCCGCGGCAGUUCAGAUCGUCUCGCUGUUGACUCUGGAGACCGAAGACGUGAGAAAUCGCGAGACAGAUCUCGUCGGCGCGAAAAGUCUCGAGAAAGAUCUCGAUCUCAUAGGAGAGAAAAGUCGGGCGAUACUUUAACUGUGGACAAACAUCACCGACAUAGGUCACGAUCCAGAGACGGACACCGCAGUCGAAAAGACAAAUCCCCCCAGCCGCCGACCGAGAGGAUGUCAGGUCUCAGCAUCAACACUGGGCUGACUGUAGGCGGACUCGCCGCCGGUGGUUUGGCUGGUGCAUCGCUAGCAAAUGCUCCAGCAUCCCCAAUGCUAGAAUCUUACUAUGGUACUUACCAGGAUUGCUCUCCAAUGCCAUCUCCUCUGCUGCUCGCUGCCAGGUCGAGCGACGAUAACAGAGCUCUUGAGGCACUUUCACCACUUGGGUCUGAUAAUGAGGACGAUAGCAGACGUCGCAGCCGACGUGCACGUUUCCAUGAUCCUGAGGAUAUCACAACUCAACUAGCUCAAGCCCUGAAGGGCAGUCGCAAGCCUGACACUGAGCCUCUUAUUGAGAUUCUACCGAGCUUGACACACGAACAAGUUAUGAAGCUACGUGCUGACUACAAGGCGCUCGUUAAAACAGGCUCCGAACGUAAGGGCGUCAACGUCGCCAAGCAUAUCCGCGCUCGCCUCAAAGACGAGGACCCUUUGUUGAUGAAGGCUUGCUACUCUGUUGCCCUGGGCAUGUGGGAGAGCGAAGCAUACUGGGCCAAUUUCUGGUACCAAGGCGAUAAGACUCGCCGAGAACUUCUAAUCGAAUCUCUCAUGGGCCGCACAAACGCCGAGAUACGUUGUAUCAAGGAUUCGUUCACAGACAAAAAGUACGAUAACAGCCUCACAAAGUGCAUGAAGGAAGAACUCAAAGAGGACAAGUUUAAGAAAGCUGUCCUUCUGGUCCUUGAGGAACGUCGCAUGGAGGAAUACGACCACUAUGGCCGUCUGCUGCCCAUCGACUACGCUCUGGUUGACCAUGAUGUCGCUGAUCUUCGUCGAUCUAUAAAAUCAGAAAGGGGUGGCGAGACGGCCAUGAUCAACAUCAUCGUACUGCGGAGUAACUCUCAUCUGCGCGCCAUUUUGCAGGAGUAUGAGCGUCAGUACCGUGCUAACUUUGCACGCGACGCCCUCAAGAAGAGCGGAAACCUUGUUGGUGAACUUUUGGCUCACAUCCUGAACGGUGUGAUCAACCGUCCCGUUCGUGACGCCCUCCUCAUUCACCAUGCUACCUCGGCAUCUCGUAAAGAUGGACUUCGUCGCGAGCUACUCAUUUCACGUCUCGUUCGAUACCAUUGGGAUCCGCACCACAUGCGAGCCGUCAAACAAGCUUACCGCGAACGCUACGGUAGAGGCAUGAGAGAUGCUGUUCGUGAUGCAACAAGCGGCGAAUGGGGCGAGUUCUGCGGUGAAUUAUGCAUUGCACGUAUGCCGGAUGAUGUAAGAAAAUUCGACAAGGUUAGCUAUGGCACGCGAUAA